CGCUCCGCGGCGGCCAGGCGCUCGGAUGCCCGGAAACUUCUGGGGCUGGCGUAUCCGGAGCGCGGGAGGCUGGCAGCCGCAGUUGGGUUUCUGGCCAUGUCCAGUGUCAUCACCAUGUCCGCUCCCUUCUUCCUGGGGAGGAUCAUCGAUGUCAUUUACACAAACCCCACCGUGGACUACAGCUAUACCCUGACCCGCCUCUGCCUGGCACUCAGCGGCGUGUUCCUGUGCGGUGCUGCUGCAAACACUGUUCGCGUCUACCUCAUGCAGACUUCAGGUCAGCGCAUUGUGAAUAGGCUGAGGGCUUCGUUAUUCUCCUCUCUUCUGAGGCAGGAGGUUGCUUUCUUCGACAAGACUCGCACUGGAGAAUUGAUUAACCGCCUCUCCUCGGACACCGCGCUCCUGGGGCGCUCAAUUACCGAAAACCUGUCGGAUGGGCUCAGGGCCGGGGCCCAGGCUUCCAUUGGCAUUGGCAUGAUGUUUUAUGUCUCACCUCAACUGGCCACUUUUGUUUUGAGUGUGGUGCCUCCAAUAUCCGUCCUUGCUGUGAUUUAUGGACGUUACCUACAGAAGCUAACCAAAGUUAUGCAGGAUUCCCUGGCACAGACCACUCAGCUAGCUGAGGAAAGUAUUGGAAAUAUAAGAACUGUUCGAGCUUUUGGGAAAGAAAUAACAGAAAUAGAGAAAUACACCAGCAAAGUGGACCACGUGAUGCAGUUAGCAAGGAAAGAGGCGUUUGCUCGGGCUGGCUUCUUUGGAGCAACGGGGCUCUCCGGGAACCUGAUUGUGCUUUCUGUCCUGUACAAAGGAGGGCUGCUGAUGGGCAGUGCCCACAUGACCGUGGGUGAACUCUCUUCCUUCCUAAUGUAUGCUUUCUGGGUUGGAUUAAGCAUUGGAGGGCUGAGCUCUUUCUACUCGGAGCUGAUGAAAGGGCUGGGUGCCGGGGGACGCCUUUGGGAGCUCCUCGAGAGAAAGCCUGAGCUGCCUUUUGACGAAGGGGUCGUUUUAAACCAGGAAAGUUUCCAGGGCACUCUGGAGUUUCGGAACGUGCAUUUCGCCUACCCCGCUCGCCCGGAGGUGCCUAUAUUCCAGGAUUUCAGCCUUUGUAUCCCAUCAGCGUCGGUCACGGCGCUGGUUGGCCCAAGUGGUUCUGGCAAAUCAACGGUGCUGUCCCUCCUGCUGAGGUUGUAUGACCCCGUUUCUGGAACUAUCAGUCUCGAUGGCCAUGAUAUCCGUCAGCUAAAUCCAGUCUGGCUGAGAUCCAAGAUUGGGACAGUGAGUCAGGAACCAGUUUUGUUUUCUUGCUCAAUUGCUGAGAACAUUGCUUAUGGUGCGGACGACCCCUCCUCGGUGACUGCCGAGCAGAUAGAAAAAGUGGCUGAUGUAGCCAAUGCAGGUGCUUUCAUCCGGAAUUUCCCCCAAGGAUUCAACACUGUGGUCGGAGAAAAGGGCGUUCUCCUCUCAGGUGGACAGAAACAGCGGAUUGCAAUUGCCCGUGCUCUGCUUAAGAAUCCCAAAAUCCUUCUCCUAGACGAAGCAACCAGUGCCCUGGAUGCUGAAAAUGAGUACCUUGUGCAAGAAGCUCUGGACCGACUCAUGGAAGGUAGGACGGUAUUGAUUAUUGCCCACCGUCUGUCCACCAUUAAGAAUGCUACUACGGUGGCUGUUCUUGACCAAGGAAAGAUCACAGAAUGUGGGAGACAUGAAGAACUUCUUUCAAAACCCAACGGGAUAUACAGAAGAUUAAUGAACAAGCAAAGUUGAGUCCGCAUAAAGAAGCAGUUACCGAUGAAGUGAACGCGAGAGACUUUAGAGCGAAACAUGGUCACAGGAAUAAACGAACUUAGAGAGGAUAUGAAAUCUGGGCGUCACACUGCAAGUUAUCUUAAGUAUGCCUGUUUUUUCCCAGGGUGGGUAAAAUAUUGUUUUGAGAUGCACCUGUUCUCAAGACCUUUUUAUUCAGAGUUUUAAUCAUGGUAACUUUCUAAAUGUCUCUAGCACUGAGAUUAUUUUCAGGUGUUUUACUUUCUUUUCUCUUGGAAUACUUUAGUUAAUAUAACGUGGCACCUCAUUUGUUUUUUCUUACCUGCCAUUACAGAUUGAAACUAUUGUCACAUGACAAUUUUUAAAAGGGGAUUUUAAAUAAAAGGCUUAAUUAUUUUAGGUGAGUUUUCCAAUCACUGUGUAAUCCUCUCGGUAGUAUUCUACCUCCUUUGUGUCUAAUUUUACUAGAAGAUGAAUAUCUUCCCUUUUUUUUUUAAUUCUGGUAAUCUCAUGAAGUGAACCUCACAUACAGACCUACAGAAAUCGUAAACAUCACGUGACAAGAUGGGAACGUUUACAUUCCAUACUUCCUGUAUUUUCAGAGGUAUGAGAGUUUAGGAAUAUGUGUUCCUCUGGGAUGAGACUGUUUGAAUGUGUGUGGCUUUCAAAAUCCUUAGCAUGCGAAAGCCUGACGAGUUUUAAAAAGGGUUAAGAAGCCCAUCCUUUGAAUAAGAAAACUUCUAUUUUCAUUAUUCACGCAUUUGUUACUGUGGGAAGUGAGGCAUGAACUGCCAGGUAUUAUUAAGAGGUAAAAAUGAAUUCUACGUUGAAGUCACCCCAAGGCAUGUAUUUUGACAAUUAUCUUUAAAAAAUGUAUAAUUCCUCACCAAAUGUUACUUGUCAUCAGUUAAAUACAUUUGAAAUUUCACUCAAUGAGGCAAAAGCCUAAAUAAUUUUCAGCCUUAAAACAUUUGAAGAAAGCUUAGUUCUUUCUAUUCUGUACAACGUCAUGAAACGUUAAGAACUUGUCACUCCUAAAAAGAGGACAAUAGUCAUUUUUAUUUAUGGUUAUAGUUUUAUGCACCCAAAUGCCUCGGAACUCAUAAAGCAAUGCUGAGAGCCAUUAGAUUUGCCAUAUUUCAAACCAGUGCUGUUAAUUUGCUGUUGCCUCAAGAAAAAGUGGUUUUUUUUUUUUUUACAUUGACGAUGCCAGAAUCUAAGAAAUAACUAUGUUGAUGUAAUGAAAAUAGAGGUUUUCCCUUGUUCUACAUAUUUACAGUUCACUGAUUAUACUGGAAGGAGAAAUCACUACUUCAUGAUAAGCACAGAGUAUUAGAUUUCAUUCUACAUAAAGGAGUUUAUUAUUGAAUAAAGUGAAUUCAGUGAAUGAACGAACUCCAUGUUCUUUGAAUUAGGAAGCAGUACAUCUGUGACAAUCAUUUUCACAACCUUUACUUGCAUUCUUUAUACAAUUUGCUGUUAUGGUGUGGUUCUCAGAAAGCAGACAAAACACAACGACAAGGGUGGAUCUCUUUGUGCCAUAGAAGUAUUGACAAAAUUGAAUUUGAUCAUUACAUUUUAUUCUCUAAUACAAAAAUGUUCAAUUGUGUCUUUAGGGAACAUUUUAUAUCCUGGAUUAAAAUUUAUAGUGAACUUUA